AUGUCGAUAAGAAAUCCUAUUUUCCUAAUUCAAGAUUUCUUUCUCGCUUUCUUCUACAUCCGAAUGAAUCGAGACUCUCACAAGUGGAACCAAGGCAAGUUUUCUUUUCCUAUUCCUCUCAGUGCGACAAGUAGAUUCUACUACUCCCUUUAUUUAUUUGUUAGUCUAUAUUUCUUUUUAUAUUUUUAUUCUUUUUGUUUGCUUCCUCUCGAAAAAUUGUUAAAUGCAAUAGAAUAUCAAGGUUUUUUUUAUAAUUCUUUUGUUCUUUCCUUCUUUCUUUUGUUCUUUCUUUCCUUCUUUCUUUCCUUCUUUCUUUUAUGCUUUCUUUUGUUCUUUCUUUCUUUUGUUCUUUUAUGCUUUCUUUUGUACUGUCUUUCGUUUUUUUCUUCUCUUCUUUCUUUUGUUCUUUCUUUUGUCUAUUUUCCUUCUUUCUUUCCUUCUUUCUUUCUUUCGUUCUUUUUUUCAAUCCUUCUUUCGAUCUUUCUUUCGUUCUUUCUUUUGAUCUUUCUUUUUUCUUUCUUUUGUCCCGUUCUUUCAUUUUCUUAUGGUAUGCUUCCUUCCGUGAAAAAUGCGACCGCGGAUGCCUUUCAAAUGCUGGCUUGUUUAUUCACACACAUCGCCACAACGACAACUCAGUCUAUCGCUAUAAUGUCCAACCUGAUUUCAUUUGCAAUUUCUUUAUUUCAUUCCUUCCUUUUCUUUCUUUGUUUCUUCUCUUCUUUCUUUCGUUUUUUUAUUCUCUUCUUUCUUUCGUUCUUUCCUUUGUCCUUUUUUUCUUCUUUCUUUUGUCUUUUUUCGUUUUUUUAUCUUAAUUUCUUCCUUCCGUUUCUUCUUUCUUUGUGUUUCUCAUUCUUUCUUUCGUUCUUUCUUUUGUUCUUUUUUUUCGAUCUUUUUUGUUCUUUCUUUCGUUCUUUCUUUUCCUCUCUCGUUCUUUCUUUUGUUCUUUCUUUAGUUCCUUCUUUCUUUCUUUCUUUCUUUCUUUCUUUCUUUCUUUCGUUCGUCUUUCUUUCCUCCUUUCUUUCGUUCUUUUUUUUCCUUUCGUUAUAUCUGUGUUUCCUUCAUUCUUUCUUUCCUUCGUUCGUUAUUUCUUUAUUUCAUUCUCUCUUCCUUCUCCUACAUAAUCUCUUACUUCUCACACUCUUUCUUAUAGUCCCUUCUCUCUUUCUAAUCUGUAUCUGUAUCUACGCCUCUCUCUCUCUCUCUCUCUCUCUCUCUUAG